AUGCGAAGCAGGGAGCGCCAGCAUUUCCCGGAUCGCGAGGGCAUCAAGCCUUGGUGGGGGUUGGACCGUUGUUUUGGGAGCGAGGGCAAAGCUGAUUAUGUGCGCAUGUUUGUCGGCCAGUUUUCGUCUCUGAUAUGUCUUGUCGAUGUUGUUGUUGUUGUUGUUGUCGUUGUCGUUGUCGUCGUCGUCGUCAACGUGCUUGACGAGCAGUACCACAAGGGAGGGCCGGGGGAAAACGGGGGACCUGAGACAGGGCAACCAGACUCCAUGGCGGCAAGACUUGAGGACCAACUUGAAGGCACCACAACACACCGUGACGCCGUGUGA